CCUUUGAAUUAAUUAAUUAAUUAAUUAAUUAAGCAGUGGUGUGGUGGUGACAGUUCAAAAAUGGCGGGUGAAAUUGUGGAGCCUAUCAGUCUUGAUUUUCAGGCAGUUUCAUUCAAUUCAGGCUCGAUCUCGUUCGGAAGAUUCGAAAACGAAGCGCUAUGUUGGGAGAGGAGGUCGUCGUUCUCGCACAACAGGUAUCUUGAAGAGGUGGAGAAAUGUUCGAAACCGGGUUUAGUUAUCGAGAAGAAGGCUUACUUUGAGGCUCGUUUUAGAAACAAGGGUAUUAUGGGUCUAAAUUCGCCCGAAAGUCGAAACGAGAUUGCUGAGUAUCAAACCUCUGAAAAAUACGACAUCGCGGACGAUACGAUCAAUCGCAUGAAUAACGACGAAAUCCAUUCUCCGUGGUUUGAUGAGUUUAAGGAACCGGAAACAGAGAUCGAAGUGAAAGUUGAGAGUCUUGAUAGUUGUGUAACUGAGGGAAAAGAACGAGGUUCAUCUUCCAAGGAAAAGAAUUCAUCACAAGCUGAGUAUAUGAAGCCCAGAUUAGCGGUUCGAGUUAGCGUUUCCAGCAAAGUAUCUAAAGGCUCGGACAAAAAACCUAGUGCUAAAAUUGUCGACAAAAUUCCGACGAGAGUAAAAGCAGAGAAGAAGAGUUUAGAAGCUUCCGCUCGUCGGGAAAAAUCCCAAUGCAGAAACCACGAAAACGAGGGGAUGCCUCGUAAGGGUGAAAAAGAAUCAAAAAACAGAGGAAUCGAAGAGACUCGAUCGGCAUCCUCUAUGUUGCGGAAGGUUCCGAAUAGAGUGCAUGAAAGUGAAAACAGGAUAAAGCCUGCGGUUGGUAUUUCUCAGACGCGCAUAAAACACGAUACUUCUUCUAGGUUUGGUUUCAAAUGCAACGAGCGUGCGGAGAAAAGAAAAGAGUUUGAUAUGAAGAUAGAGGAAAGAAUACAUGCAAAAGAAGCUGAAAUGCACCAACUUCAGGAAAAAAAUCAGGAAAAAACAGAAGCUCAAGUUAAGCUGCUUAGAAAAAGCCUAAACUUCAAAGCCAAACCACUUCCGUCUUUUUAUCACGGAGUUAUUCACGACUCGUCGGAUAGAAACAAGGCUAAAUCGAGCAAUGUAGCACGAAAAAUCGAGACAAAAUCGUUAAAUAGUAGUGAUAAAAAUGGAGCCAUAUUGAAAAAUGCACCUAGAAGAAGAAGCGAUCAACCGUUAGUAUCUGGAGCAACGAGCUGUCAUUCGACGGUGACUUCUGAGAGCAGUCCAUCUUCUCCGGGUUCGGAAAUUAGCAAAGGUCGUAAAGUAGUACCUGCACGUGUUGAUAAUAAGAUAAUAUACAAAGGCAAGACCAUGGAUGGGAAUAAAAUAAUUAAAAAUAAAAAUAAUACUAUCGGCACUGCGUUCGGCAAUAACUUGGGAACGCGUCGCAAAGCUGUCGUUAUCGUUUGAAGACGGUGUUUUAAGGCGGGACUUGAUUUUUUCGCUGUUUCGUAUAAUGAUUUAGAUUACUAAGAGCAUCUUUAAAUGUACAAUGUUCAAUAUAUAUAAAUUACUUUAAAUG